GUGAGGUGCGGGGAGGGGAGAGGAAAGGCCUAUGUAGGUGGGCAUUCUUUGGUGUCCUAAGAGUGUUGCGUGCAUCCGGGAGAUGAGGACUGGUUUCUUUGCGGGGGAGGCCAUUUCGGCUGGAUAGAGGACUGUCUUAACCCAAGUUUUCCAGUAUUGAGCUUCUUAGGAAGCGAGUUUCCCGUCACUGGACACUACGAGCAGAACUGGGUUCCUUUUAUUUCAAGUACCAUAUAGUAUUAUGGGUUAUUGGCAUGUCUGAGGGCGUCCAUGGAGUCGUGUGCAGGCUUUGGAAACGCUGAGCAUAAGCAGUGACUUCUGCCUGGAAAAAUUGGGAACUUUUUCUAAAGAGAAAAGGUGGCCAAAGAGGGCCUCUGGAGUCGCUCGAUUCUGAAAUUACCUGUCAUGAGAGCUGUCUGAUCUUUAGCCCUUCAUCCUUGAUUAAGGAAAUGACCAACCAGUACAGUAUUCUGUUCAAGCAAGAGCAAGCCCAUGAUGAUGCCAUUUGGUCAGUUGCCUGGGGAACAAACAAGAAGGAGAACUCUGAAACAGUGGUCACAGGAUCCCUGGAUGACCUGGUGAAGGUCUGGAAAUGGCGUGAUGACAGGCUGGACCUACAGUGGAGCCUGGAGGGACACCAGCUGGGGGUGGUGUCUGUGGACAUCAGCCAUACUCUACCCAUUGCUGCAUCCAGCUCUCUUGAUGCUCAUAUUCGUCUCUGGGACUUGGAAAACGGCAAACAGAUAAAGUCUAUAGAUGCAGGACCUGUGGAUGCCUGGACUCUGGCCUUUUCUCCUGAUUCCCAGUAUCUGGCCACAGGAACUCAUGUGGGGAAAGUGAAUAUUUUUGGUGUGGAAAGUGGGAAAAAAGAAUAUUCUUUGGACACGAGAGGAAAAUUCAUUCUUAGUAUUGCAUAUAGUCCUGAUGGGAAGUACCUGGCCAGCGGAGCCAUAGAUGGAAUCAUCAAUAUUUUUGAUAUUGCAACUGGAAAACUUCUGCACACGCUGGAAGGCCAUGCUAUGCCCAUUCGCUCCUUGACCUUUUCCCCAGACUCCCAGCUCCUAGUCACAGCUUCAGAUGAUGGCUACAUCAAGAUCUACGAUGUACAACAUGCCAACUUGGCAGGCACACUAAGUGGCCACGCCUCCUGGGUGCUCAACGUUGCAUUCUGCCCUGACGACACUCACUUUGUCUCCAGUUCAUCUGACAAAAGUGUCAAAGUUUGGGAUGUUGGAACAAGGACCUGUAUUCACACCUUCUUUGAUCACCAAGAUCAGGUUUGGGGAGUAAAAUAUAAUGGAAAUGGCUCAAAAAUUGUGUCUGUUGGAGAUGACCAGGAAAUUCACGUCUAUGAUUGCCCAGUUUAAACAUCAGCAUCUUCAGGGCCAGUGCCGCAGAGAAUGUACAGGUCAAUAAGAACAUUCCUUACCUUUUUAAGUAGUUAAAUACAGCAUAUAUUGUAACAAAGACUUAAAUUUUGUAGAUAUGAUAUAAAAUUUUUCCUGUUUUACUGGAAAUGCUGUUCAUACUUUAAUGUAAAUAGAGCAUUCCUAAUGUAAACACACCUGCA